CGAGUAGAUCCCGGCUGGGGGAAGUUUUUAGGGAAGAGUCGGAAGAAACACCCCAAGAUCCCGCAAUACGUGCUUAUCUCAGCAAAUACGCUCCUGGCACCCGGUGACGGUAAGCUGCGUAACCGGGUUAUUAUUAAAUUUCUUUCAGUUCGGCAAUUGAUCAAUGUUUAUAUACUUUCAGGUGUGAUCCAAUCACGAUAA